AAUUUCAAAGAUUUUAUCAUGGAAAAAGCCUCAAGUGACCAAAUUGACAAGAUAGAUAUGGAUGACCCUGUGAUAGCAGCUGAAUUGGAAGGGAGAAAGAUCCAUCAACCUUAUCAUAAUACAACUAAUUAUUUGCCGGCUGAGGGAGGCACUGGGCCUGGCUAUGAUACAUUUAAUAAUGACCCGUAUCCUCAGAAACCUGACCAGUAUGUCCUUGGAAAUUUGGAAGCUGAUGAAAAUGAAAGAGAGAAUGAUGGAAAAUUUUUAGAUGCAUUUAAGAAGUUGAGAGGGGAGGAUGACAGACAAAACUUUUUAAUAAAAGUACUAAGUAUCUUGGCAUUACAAGUACUCCUAACUGUGGUUAUCAUUACUGGGAUAUGGAUGAAUAAGAAUGUCAAGAAAUAUCUCCAAGAUAAUAUAUGGGUUUACUUCACUGCACUUGCGUUAACUAUUGUGGUUAUCUGUGCUGUUGCUUGCUUUAGGUCAAUAGGAAGAAAAGUUCCAUAUAAUUAUAUUGCAUUGACUCUUUUUACAGUCUUUGAAUCAAUAAUGUUAGCAACGAUUACCUCUUUCUAUGAUGCAAAAGAUGUCUUUAUUUCAGCUUUCCUUGCUUUAGUGAUGUUCACAACCCUUGUUGUGAUCGCACUAUCAACAAAGAGAUCAGUAAAGACUGUCUGUGCAAUGCUGACUGUAGCAAUAGUUUUAUCUUUCGCGAUGAUCCCAUUCCUUAUCUUUGCAUCUUCCAGAUGGGUUGUAAUCUUAGUAUCUGUCGUUGGAUUAGUCGUUGCAGCAAUCUAUGUUGUUAUUGAUAUCGAUAUGAUAACUGAGAAAUAUGGACUUGACUAUGAUGAAUAUGUGUUUGCAAGUAUCCAGCUAUACCUUGAUCUAGCAAUGAUUUUCGUAUAUAUUCUAGCUCUAUUUGGCGAUCGAAGUUAAGUUUAUUUCUUUAUUUCAACUUGCCU